CAAGCCUUGAGCAUUUGGCUCCAGGCCUUGAGCUGGCACUGGAUUCGCGGCAUGCUUGGACAGACUGCCAUGAGCCAGCCCAUGAGCGCCCAGCUGAUGCCUCCCAUAGGAGGCUGCUGCCCCUCGCGAAGCCGGAUGCCCAAGCCCGAAUCUGCGCGAGGGAGCCUGCGCGCCGCUGCCGGUGUUUGCCGGGAAGGCCGUGUCCGGCGGCAAAGAUCAGCUUGGACAGGUGCCUGGCAAAGCGCUUGCCUAGGCUCCCUUCUGGGCCUCGGGAAUCGAAGGUCGCUGCGCCGGCGCCAGGCGGAUCGGUCCGAGGACAGCUUGGCGGCGGAGGGCGAGAGGCGCCUGGCGCUGAUCCAGGCGGCGAUCCGCCGGGGCGAGGCCAAGGCGAGAGCCGCCUCCCCGAGCGAGGAACAGUCCGAAGAGCCGCGGAGGCUUACAGAGGAGGAAGAGCAGAUGCUGAGCAAGUUGUUCAUGCAGCCGGAGGAGGUGAUGGAGACGAUUCAGCAGCAGAACCCGCAGGUGCUGGAGGAUACGACCGAAGAGGAGAACGGGCACCACGAAGAGCGCAUCAGACGCACGUUGGAGUUCUGUCCGGACGGCAAGUUGGCCUGGGAGAUUUUGCGGGAAAUCAUCGACUCCGGCGAACAGCCGGGCGUGGGCGCCUACGACCGCGUGAUGGAGGCCUUCUCCCGGCGGGGCGCGCUGGACGAUGCGCUGGCCGUCUUCAAGGCGGUUACCGUGGCGGGGCUUCGGCAUAGCGACGUCAGCUACGACCUCCUCGCGAGGCCCGCCGCGCGGAGUGGGGAGUUCCGCUUCGUGGAGCGGCUCUAUGCCGCGAAGGCCCAGACCAAGGCGGAUGGCCAGAUCGGGGCAGAGUCCUUGACCCUUUUGCUGGACGCCUACGCCAACGGCCUCCCGAGGCAAGCCAAGAAGGCACAGGCGGCCUUCCGCGGUGCGAUGGCGACCGCGGAAGCGGCGGACGAAAACGCGGAGGCCGCGGAGGCCACGGAGGCCGGGCCUGGGGUGCUACGGGCCUUGCGCCGUGCCGUGGGCCCGGCAGUUUACCGAGAGCUGUGUGACGAGUAUGGCCUGGAGCCAGAUGCAGAGUGAUCCCAAAAAAGUGCGCGGAUCUUCGACGCGGAUUC